CUUUCUCUCUCUCUCUCCCCUCCGUCUUUCCAUUCCUGCGCGCCCCUCUUCUUGUGCUCUUCUCUUCCUCUGCGGCAGGACCUCACGCACCAGGAGACCGAGAUCGAGCGGCCCAUCCUCCCUCCGCCCUGAUGACGAAGAAGGGUUCCUCUUCAAGCAGCAGCUCCAAGCCCGCGGCCAAGGGCAGCUCCAAGACGCCGGCCGCGCCUGAGCCGACGGCCCCUCCGCCCCGGCGGCAGAAGGCCAGGAUUGUCACAUCCGGCAAUGCAGGCAACUCCUCGAAAUCCGCCCCUGCCCCGAGUGCGCCGGCCCAGCCGCUGCCUGACACGGGCGAGCUUCCCUACACCCAAGCUCUGCGCACCUGGACCGGAAAACUGCCGAAUGUCCUGCUGAUCGAGUUCUGCCGCAAGCAGACCAAUUGGAUGGCACCUCAGUUCAAUGAGAGCAACAAGGGAGGUCAAUUUAGCUCCAGUGUGGUGCUGCUGAAGAAGGCCAAUCAACGAAGCACCGAAACGACGGCUGUGCGGUUUAGAUGUCCCGGAACCUUUGCCACUGCGUCCGAAGCUCGGCAGCAUGGCGCUACUUAUGUCCUGAGCCAGGUCUCCUGUCAUCGGAACAUCGGCGUCAUGAUUCCCCCCGGCUAUCGGGACUUCUACCGGGACCAUGUGGCCGAGUAUAUCAAGAAGCUGCCGGACCAGAAGCCACCCGCCGAGAUGCCAGAUCCCUUUGCCCCGAAGAAAGAGCCUGUGCCGCCGCCGAGCGCUGCCAAAUCCCGCCCCCCGGCUGCACGGAAAACCACCACUUCCGAGCUUCAGCUGCAGCCCGGUGUGCGGGACAAGCUCGAGCAGUUCCUCAUCUCCUCGGCUUCCUCCAGCGAUGCGCUCCCCUCGCAGCUGGCCCAGCAGCGCCCGCUCGACCGCAAGUCCAACCAGUACAAGCAGCUGGUUGAUGCACUUGGCAAGAUGGGCCUGCGGGAUUUCAUGAUUUCCGAAUGUAUCGAGCAUCUGUGGACGGAAUCCGGCCACACUACUGGCGUGCAGACCCUGCCGACGCUGAGUGCCUGUGUGGACUGGCUGUCGCUCAUGGUGCCGGAGGAUGAUCUGCCGAAGGCCCUGCAGGCGUCGGCCACCAUCCAGCUCCUGUCGAAGAGCAGCUUUGAGACGGAUCAGGUGGUUUCCUGGCUCCGGUCAUUUGGGUAUACCCGUGCACAGGCACAGCAGGCGCUCGCAUUGCACACCGGUGCAGCUGCCGGUGCUGCGGGCCCGCUGCUGGACCCGCGUCAGGCGGGCAACAUUUUUGCCACCGGCCUGCUGACCCUUCGUUGGCUGCUGGACGGCGCGCAAGGCCCGGCGGCGCGGGAUCUGCUGUUUGAUGGGAGCACCGGUGCCGGGGCCACUCCCGACAAGGCAGCCAUCAAUGAGGAGCUGGGCAUCCUUGACAGCAUGCUGGACGCACGGAGCUUCCAGGUGAAGCGCUCGUGGGAGAAUGGUCUGGCCCAUGUGGUGACCCUGCGAGUGCGUAAUGCGGGCCGUGCCUCCGGGGCCCAACUUGCCCUGUACAUUCCCCUCCUGGCGGCUGGGGCGUCGGCCUAUCCAUUGGCGUCCAUCCCGCUUGUCACGGUACUCCCGGGGACCUCGGAGUUGACAACAUACAUGUGUGUGUUCCUCGCGCGGCGCCUGCACCGGGCGCUGCUUGGCGAUGAGUCUGGCACCGGGAGCACCCUCGGCAUGCCAAGCAUUUACUAUGCCCUGCAAUGGGCCGAGGAGCACUUUGCCGACCUCGUCAGCACGCCCCCCUCGCUGGUGGCCAUGUACCAGGAGCGCACCAGCAAUGCCGAGGGCGGCUUCUCCAUCGACCGGAGUGCCACCAGCGAAGAGACGUCCAUCCGGCCGCAGUCCCGCCGGCGCCCGGCCGAUCACUUCCCCGGCUUCAAGCGCCAAUGCGAGGACUUCCAGUCUCGGUCGCGGACCGCGGACUUCAAGAAGAUGCUCAACGAGCGCCAGCGCCUGCCUGCCUGGCCGGAGCGGAGCAACAUCCUCAAGAUCAUCGAAGACAGCCAGACAACCGUUCUCACGGGAGAAACGGGCUCCGGCAAGACGACCCAGGUUCCGCAAUACCUGCUGGAGCGUUCCCUCGAGACGCAAACCCCGUGCAAUAUCAUUGUCACGCAGCCGCGGCGAAUGGCCGCCGUGUCGAUCGCCAAGCGUGUGUCCGAUGAGCAAGUGGUCCCGGUGGGCGAUCUCAUCGGCUACAGCGUGCGUUUCGACUCGAAGGUCUCGGCAAGCACCCGGCUGCGUUUUUGCACGACCGGUGUGUUGUUGCGCCUGCUGCAGGAUGAGGACCCGCUGGCUGGCAUCACGCACAUUGUCAUCGAUGAGGUGCACGAGCGGUCCACCGAGAUCGACAUUGCCCUGUGCAUGAUGCGUGAACUGCUUACUCGGCGUCCGGGUUUGAAGUUGAUCAUCAUGUCGGCGACCGUCAAUUCGGACCUCUUCCAGCGGUACUUUGCUCGCAAGGAAACUCUCCCGCCGAUUGUGUCCAUCUCUGGGCGGACCUUCCCGGUGAAGGUCAUCCCUCUGGAGAAGUCCAUCGCCCUGUGUCACUUCCAUGGGGGUGGCACCAGCGAAUCGGUGGAUAUGCUGGCCAAGCGGGUUUCCUCCGAUGUGCGCAUCAUGUUUGAAUUCAUCAACAACCUGGUCGGACACAUCAUGAAGGCCCAGCCUGCCGGGGAUAUCCUGAUUUUCAUGCCCGGUGUCGGUGAGAUCAACCAAGCGGUGUCGCAGCUGGAGAAGAACUGGCCGUUGAUUGCGUCCAAGUUCUCCGUUACCGAGCAAAUCCCGGUGAUCCUUCCCCUUCAUGCAUCGCUGUCGAACUUCGAGCAGACCCUUGUCUUUGCCAAGCCGCCGGCCGGUCGACGCAAGGUCAUCAUCUCGACAAAUGUGGCCGAGGCAUCAGUCACCAUCGAUGGCAUUGUGCACGUCAUCGACUCAGGCUUCUCGAAGAUGAUGUACUUCGACAAUGAGAACGGCGCACACCACCUGCGCACGGAGAUUGUUUCCGAGGCCAACGUCCGCCAGCGUCAGGGUCGUGCGGGUCGUACUCGCGCCGGCUUUUACUAUCCCCUUUACACCGAGGCCACGGCCCGGUCGCUGGAGAAGUUCCCCAUCGUGGAGAUUCAACGCAGCCCUCUGGAGCCAGUGUACCUGCAGGUGCUGGCGUCCGGGAUUUCCAACAAUGUCCCGGCCUUCCUGCGUGGGCUGCUGGAUCCGCCCAAGGCCGAGCAGGUGGCCGCCGCCGAGAAGAUCCUCCUCAAUGCCGGCGCCAUCAGUCUCGAUCGCAAGUCCAUCACCCCCCUGGGCCGGCAGCUGUCCUUCAUCCCGGCCGGCAUCCGCGCGGCCAAGGCCAUCCUCCUGGGCGCGGUGUUCCAAUGCCUGGACCCGAUGCUCAGUGUGGCGGCCUUCAUCGACGGGAACUCGCCCUUCAUUCGAACCACCGAUGCAGCCGUGUUGGAAAACCAGCGGUCUCUUAUUUGUGAGUUUGGGAAUCCCAGCUCCGACCUGCUGACAUACCACAACAUUUACAAGGAGUGGGAAAGUCAGGGUCGCCACUCGGCCCGGUCGCACUUCUGCCAGACAUAUGGCCUGUCCUUCCUGACGAUGCAGUCCGUUCGCGACCUGCGGUCCAUCUUUGCCGAGUCCCUCUUUGGGCUGGGGUUCUUCAAGGGCGACGGGUCGGACUUCAAUACAUACUCCGCGGCCGGCGGUGUCAGCGGCAUCCUGGCCCUGGACCAGCGUGAGAAUUAUCCGCUGGUGUUGUCGCUGAUUGCGGCGGUCCUGGCGCCGAAUGUGGCCGUCACCUCCGGCUUCCGGACCAGCCCCGGGCCCGGGCAGCUGGACUUGCCGCUGGUCGACCACCGGAUCUCCGGCCAGGGUGGCGCGCCGAUUUCCAUCCACCGGUCCUGCCCGAUCGUCACGCAGAAGCAGCACUUCGCCCGCCGGCCGCAUUAUCUUGUCUUUGCCAAGAAGCUCAUCUCCAGUGGCCUGGCAUCGGCGCAGCGACGCGGCCCGCGUGAUGCCCCUCGCGGGGGCACCCCGCCCGCGGCCAUCCUCUCGGUCACGGUGGCCACCGAGUCGGCUCUCUGUCUCUUUGCCAAUCCGCUGGUCAACCGCAUCGAGGACCGGGUCAUUGAGAUUGACAGCUGGCUCAAGAUCGAGGCCUCCCCCCGGGUGUCUGCCCUUUUCAUGGCUUUCCGUGCUCUGCUGGAUGAGUUCCUGGUGUUCACCCUUUCCGCCGGAGCGGCGGCCACCUCGGGCGAGGAGUCGCGCGAGGCCAUGCAAGCGCACCUCAUCAGCCAGCUCAAGAUCCUCCUUUCCAUCAAGUAGGCCCGCCGUUGGCCGUUCCCCCCCUCCCUCCGGCUGGGCGGCCAUCGAUCCCUGCGCGAGAAAAAAAAAAGGGGCCAAAAGGGGGAGCAACACACAACCCCACCCGGGCCUUGUUGUUCGGUCACACCCAUGCGCUGCGCCGGGCUCCCCACAAGUGCCUCCAAUACACAUAGACCGCCUUCA